AUCCACUAUAAAUGACAAUCAAUGAGCCGAAAUAUUGUAUAUAACGUGUCCCAUUCUUGAGUUCAAAUCAGUGUGCUUUAAAUAACCGCCAAAAUUGAGAAUAAAAUGCGCAGAGCUCAUACAAAUUAUGCUUACGAGCCAGUACCAUCAACAUCAAGUCAAAAUGGUCUGGAAGAUGAGAAUGAAAGGAUGACAGAACAUUUAAAAGAUAAAAUUCAUGCUUUGAAGUCAUUGUCAAUUGACAUUGGAAAUGAAGUACAAUAUCAGGACAAAAUGCUUCGUGGAAUGGAUGAAGAUUUUGAAAGAACAGGUGGUUCUCUAACAGCAUCCGUUGCACGUGUGUUCAGACUAUCAAAAGGAAGUCAUCAUUAUUACAUUCUGUAUUUAUUCCUAUUCUCCAUAGUUGUCUUUUUUGUAUUAUGGAUAUCAUUGAAAUUUUUUAACUAAAAGGAUUUGUGAUGUUUGAAGGAGAAUCCAUUCCUAGAUUAUUUUAUUAUAU